GACAAAUGUCAACAAGCUUGCAACAACACUGAAGGUGGAUUUAGAUGUUCAUGUAAUUCUGGAUUGUAUCUUGAUACAGAUGGACAGUCUUGUCGGGGUAUUGCUUCUUUUAUUGCUUAGAAUAAAAAAUAAUAAAAUAUUCAAAACAAUUUAACAUGCAUUUUACUAUAGUUUUUUAAAAUCAUUUCCUGAGAAAAAUUAAAUAUACAUUGGUAAAUCUUGAUUAUUCUAAUGAAAUAUUAAGUAGAUAAAUUAUUUGGAAGCCUUUUACAAAAAUAGAAAUACAAAAAGGAUUAGGCUUAAUGUUAAGGUUAGUCCUAUAUGAUAACAACUUUUGUAGGCCUGUUAUAAAAUGAUAGUUUACUUCAAAAUGUUAAAUAACUUCAACUGAUUUUUUUAUAUGUUUACAAUAAAUAAUAAAUGUAAAAAUAAGUCUAAUUAAAUGAAUAAUAUUUUCUUUUUUUGAGUUUUAUGCUCCUGAAAUGCUUCUACCAGUAAAACGUCUUGUAGAAAGCCAUGAUCUUGUGGGUUAAAAAAAAAGGAUUUUCUAAAAAAUGUUUAACUAUUCAUCAAGUAAGUUACAUCACAUAACUUGGUCAAAUAUUUUUCUCCCACAGCCACCAAAGCUUGUAUAAGUAAAAUCAAUUGUCAACAUGAAUGUGCCAAUGUCAAUGAUAUUGAUGUUUGUUUCUGUCCGAAAGGUCAGAAGCUGUCUUCUGACUCUUUGAACUGUGAAGGUAAGCAUAAAGCUAUUAACUUUAACUUAAUUCCUUCUGUUUCUAAUUUCUAAUAAACUGACCAACUGAUCCCAUCAAAAUUGAGACUAUCCAUAUUCAAUAGACUGAAAGAAUCUCUACAAAUAUCAUCAGUUAUCAAAAUCAUCAAAACUUAGGUGAAAAAUGUUUAGUAUUUGAAAUUACCUGUUAUUUUACCACUAACAAUGUUGUCCGUAAGUAAAGCUAUAAAAUUUAAUUUGGGCAGCAUUUCGUCAUCUUUUAUUUGAUCUCUUGCAUGUUUGAAAGUUAAUGUGCUUAUUGGUAAAUAGAAACAUUUUUUUAAUUUGUAUUUCAGAUGUUGAUCUUUGUAAAGCAAAUGUAUGUCAAGAGGGGUGUAUUGAAAUAAUGGACAAUACAAGCAUGUCAUGCACAUGUAACCUUGGAA